CUUGCUUCACAUCGUUGUUAGCGGCGGCGGAACGGAAAGACAGAUAGCACCAGUGCUUCCUGAAAGUCCAAACAAAACAUGAGUUAUUGCCGUUUUCUUUAGGUUUUGAAAAAAAAAAAAAACUGUUUGAAAUUAGUCGGAAAAUAGUCGUUCGUUUGAAUAACAAGAAUGGAGCAUUCGGUGCCCAAAAAUAAGCUGAAGAAACUCAGUGAAGACAGUCUUACCAAGCAGCCAGAGGAAGUAUUUGAUGUCCUUGAAAAACUUGGAGAAGGAUCAUAUGGCAGUGUUUUUAAAGCCAUUCACAAGGAAUCAGGCCAGGUGGUGGCCAUUAAACAGGUUCCUGUCGAAUCAGACCUACAGGAAAUCAUCAAAGAGAUCUCCAUAAUGCAGCAAUGUGACAGUCCUUAUGUGGUGAAGUACUAUGGCAGCUAUUUCAAGAACACAGAUCUGUGGAUUGUGAUGGAGUACUGUGGCGCUGGAUCGGUGUCUGAUAUCAUCAGACUGCGCAAUAAAACGCUCACCGAGGAUGAAAUCGCCACUGUUCUCAAAUCCACCUUGAAAGGUCUGGAAUAUCUCCAUUUCAUGAGGAAAAUCCACAGGGACAUCAAAGCUGGGAAUAUUCUUCUCAACACAGAAGGCCAUGCCAAACUAGCUGAUUUUGGAGUGGCUGGACAACUUACCGACACAAUGGCAAAGAGGAACACGGUUAUCGGGACACCCUUCUGGAUGGCACCAGAGGUGAUCCAGGAGAUCGGAUACAACUGUGUGGCUGAUAUCUGGUCUCUCGGCAUCACGUCCAUAGAAAUGGCUGAAGGAAAGCCUCCUUAUGCAGACAUUCAUCCAAUGAGAGCUAUUUUUAUGAUUCCCACAAACCCUCCACCCACGUUCCGCAAGCCAGAGCUGUGGAGUGACGAAUUCACAGAUUUUGUGAAGAAAUGUCUGGUGAAGAACCCAGAGCAGAGAGCGACGGCCACUCAACUGCUGCAGCAUCCCUUUAUAACCAAUGCUAAGCCAGUGAUCCUUCUGCGGGACCUGAUCACAGAGGCCAUGGAGAUGAAGAUCAAGAGACAGCAGGAGCAGCAGAGAGAGCUGGAGGAGGAGGAUGAGAACUCUGAGGAGGAAGUAGAUUCCGGCACCAUGAUGAAGUCUAGUUCGGAGAGCGACGGCACCAUGCGGGCCACGGGCACCAUGAGCGAUGGCGUUCAGACCAUGAUCGCGCACGAUGGCACCAUGCUGGAGUCUGACCUGGGCACCAUGGUCAUCAACAGCGAUGAUGAGGAGGAAGAAGAAGAUCUCGGCUCGAUGAGGAGAAAUCCUACAUCUCAGCAAAUUCAGCGUCCAUCCUUCAUGGACUACUUCGACAAGCAGGACUCAAAUAAAGCUCAAGAGGGUUAUAACCACAACCAGCAGGACCCGUGUUUAAUUUCCAAGACCGCUUUCCCUGAUAACUGGAAAGUGCCGCAAGAUGGAGAUUUUGAUUUUCUGAAAAACCUUGAUUUUGAGGAGCUCCAGAUGCGUCUCACUGCUCUGGACCCCAUGAUGGAGCGAGAGAUCGAAGAACUACGGCAGCGCUACACGGCUAAAAGGCAACCCAUUCUCGACGCCAUGGAUGCGAAGAAACGCAGACAGCAGAACUUCUAACCAACUUCACAGAAGCUGAAGCUUCAAAGCUGGCUGGCCAGAUCUUAUGUUCCCUCCUUUGUUAAAUCUUUGUACUGAUGCAUCUGAUUCUAAACUGCUGUUUCUACUUUUGAAGAAGGUCCUAGUGGAUGUAUAAAACAACAACAAAAAAGUCAAGAUAUAAUACUCGAUCAAGAUUUUUUUUUUUUUUUUGUUCUUUAGAAUUCAAAGGUCAUCCUAAAUAGAAAAGAUUGAGUCUCACCCUCACAAUAUUAUGAAGUUUAUGCUUUUCUGCUUUUCUCUAAUUUCCAAAAACCAGAGAUGGGGGACUCAAGUCACAUGACUUGUCUCAAGUCGCACAUUUAAAGGGCAACUAGACCCCUGGUCAGAGGCUGACUCCACCCACUGGCAUUAUUUUAAAAAUGCUGAAAAAAUGGCCAGACCCGCCGGAGUUAGUGGGGACGAAUCGAGAUUAAGACUUCGUCUUAACUUGACCCUUAGCAGGACUCAACUUGACUUGACUUAGUUGUGUGUACCUGCGACUUAUACUUGCUUGAGACUUUAUGGUAUGGGACUUGAGACUUGCUUGUGACUUGAACAUGUGUGACUUAGUCCCGUCUCUGCCAAAAACUCUUUACAUCUAUGGUUAAUACUGUUCUUAUACUGUAAAUGAAGCCAAGGCAAAAAUAACUGUGAUAAUGUAAUGUUUUGUGGCUGAAUUCAUAAGAAAUGCUGGUUGAACUGCUGCAGUCAUUUUUAGGUGUGAUUAUUAAACCAAAGACAAUCAAAAGCAGACAAUGCCUUAGAGUGCUUGUUAACCCUCUUUUUGAAGUUCACGUCACCAAGCUUUAGGUUAGGACCAUGUUACAGUAGGGAUCUUUUUCAUGGAAUUAAUUUAGAGAAAUGGGACCAUUAAUGCAGCUAUGCUUUCAUCAAAAUUCCUCUUCAGCACAAAGUAAGGUUUGAAACAUCUGUCCACAGCUUUGUAAAUAUGCAUGGCUUAUUUAUGCUGAAUGUAAUUUUCUCAGUUUCUGAAUGUUUUUGUGUCAUCUUCCCUGUUUUCUUCACUGCCAGUGGCUCUUUGAUAACGUGUGGCAAAUGUUUGUGUGAGGAAGUGAGAACUACAUUUCCUGUGCCCCAUUUUAAAGUUCUUGCUUUAUCUCAGGGGUUGCUCAUCUUCGAACUCUUUCCUCUGGUCUGUUUCAAAGAUUUUAAUGCAGUGAUAUUGUGUUUCUCAUUAUGGGAAUGGUACCAUCAUUAUUGAGUCUCUCCAUACCUACCAUAAGCAAUACGGCAACUCGAGGACAGUAAUGUAACAAUGCCAGUAAUGUGAAUGGCCUAAAAUGUUGCUGAAUCUUUUAAGAGAAGGAUGAAUAGUUUUUAAAGGACUCUUAACAAUGUUUAUUCCCUGAUUGUGGACUGAUGAUGUCUACGAAUCUGAGCUGGUUUGAAGUAUAGUCAGUUAAUCAUUUUUAUAGUUAGGGAUGUUAUCAAUACCUUACAUUUCCUGCAGUUGUGAGUUAUAUCAGUUUGUUUCUUACUCUGACAUUUACAUAGGCACGUCUUUACUGAACACUCUAAUUUAUUUUUGCAUUAUUCAUAUUGUAUGUUAUUUUUUGCACCCUGCAUAGAGUUUUUGAAUAAAGGUCUGUUACUUGUCUCAUUAA